CGCGGGGGCGGCGGGGACCGCGGUGCCGGGAUGGAGCGAGUGGUGUUGGUGACCGGUGCCAGCAGCGGCGUGGGGCUGGCCCUGUGCCGGCGGCUGCUGGAGGAGGAUGGGCGCAUCCAUCUCUGCAUCGCCUGCCGCAACGCCCAGAAGAGCGAGGCCACCCGAGACCUCAUCCUCGCCUCCCACCCCGCCGCACAGGUCUCGACCGUGGACGUGGACCUGGGUAACCUCGCUUCCGUCCUGCAGGUCGCACGGGAACUUCGCUGCAGAUUCCAGCGCCUGGAUUUUGUCUACCUCAACGCCGGGAUCAUGCCCAACCCACACGUGAACUUCAAGGCUCUCUGGCACGGUCUUCGCACCGGGAGGCUGCUUCACAUGCUGACUACUGCAGAAGGCAUAAUGACCCAGACAGACAGGCUGAAUGGAGAUGGGCUGCAGGAGGUCUUUGCUACCAACCUCUUUGGGCACUUCAUCCUGGUUCGUCAGCUCGAGUCCCUGCUCUGCAGUAAUGAAAAACCCUCACGACUCAUCUGGACCUCUUCCAGCAAUGCCAGGGAGUCUGCCUUCAGCCUCUCUGACUAUCAGCAUGCCAAGGGGCAGGAAUCAUACAGUUCUUCCAAAUAUGCUACUGACCUGACAAGUGUCAUUCUCAACAGGAAACUUAAUAAGCAGGGUCUCUAUUCCAGUGUUGUUUGUCCUGGUCUUGUCAUGUCCAACAUGACCUACAGAAUUUUGCCAGUUUUUCUGUGGAAGCUGCUAAUGCCCAUCAUGUGGUUGAUCCGCUUUUUUGCCAAGACCUACACUCUGACACCAUAUAAUGGAGCUGAAUCUCAUGUGUGGCUGUUCAAACAGAAGCCAGAGUACCUGGAUGCACUUGUCAAAUACCACAGCUGUACUUCUGGCCUGGGGAAGAAUUAUGUGGAAGCCAGAAAGAUGGAUGUGGAUGAAGAAACUGCUGAGAAAUUCUACCAAAAGCUGCUGGAACUGGAGAAGGAGACUCUAGAGAGAUACAGUGAUCUCCUAGAUUAAGUCAGGCCAGUCUCCUACUGGUAACCUGGGCUCUUUUCAUCCUGGUGCUACUUGUGAUGCUUGCAGCUCUGCAGGCACAUGGCUUCAGACCCCAGCUUCCUUCUCGACAGAAGGUGAACACUUCCUGAAAAUGGAAAUGUGAAAACUGAAGAGAAACACACUCUCCUUUUGAUAUAGGAUUCUUUUUUCUUCUUGUCACAACACUGGAGACCUAGAAGGAGACUGUCUUGACAGAGUUGCAGAGCAGUGUCUGGCAGAAACAUGACUGGGCCUCAAAAUGGGGUUUAAAUCUGGGUAUUUCCCUGCAUCUUGGCUCUCCCAGUCUUUCUAGAUGCUGGAACAUCUCACCUGUGCCUGACCCUGAAGUCCCUGCAAGCCCAUCUUUGGCAAAGCUGCUCUUCAUUUGUAUACCAAAGCUGGAGCUGACUUUCUAGACCUGCUCAACAAGUUUGAAGCUUACUGGAAGUCAGGUUCUACCCAGCAUCUGCAGCUCCUGAAGAGCUGUGAAAUGCCCUCAGCUGGGAGGGCAGAUGCCUUACUGGCCUGGGGAUGCCUGGAUAUCUAUGUCCUAAUCACAUCUGGCUGCAAAGACUGAAGCUGUUGGUGUUCAGCUCGGGCUCAGAGCUCACCUGCUCUGUUGCCAGCAAUAGGGAGAGGUCACCAUGUUGUUUUAUGUAUUUAUUUCUCUUUUUAUAUAGUUGUACUGUACCAAGUAUUCUCUCCGUUGUCUCUCUUGAGAAGCCUUCACAAAGUACCUGGUGUACUUCAAAUGCUGCAAAGAAUAAAUGUCUGGAACUGA